AUGCUUUGGCUAUUUUUUGGAUCUGCCACCAGUGAUUGUGCAGAUUCGGGUUAUGCACCAUUUGCUUAUGAGAGAACUUCUUAUUUCUCAACUCAAAACAAGGCUAUUUCACGGUCUUACAUUGACUUGGUUGAGUCCGGUGAUUUUAAUAAUUAUCCCUGGGGUAUAGAUGUUUAUAAAGCUACAAUUGACUCGUGUUCCAACAAGUUUCAAGAUAAGCCUUCUUUUUAUAGACUUGGUGGCUUCCCGUUGGCUUUACAGACUUGGUUGUAUGAAUGCUGCCCAAGUUUGGAUGGUCACUUUGCUGAUCAUCUUGGAAACAAACUUCCACGAAUUUUGAAUUGGGUAGUCAUUGGUCAAAUCCCGAAUGAGCGAGUUGCUUUGCGAAUGUGUAGCUUGCAACGCGAGCAGCUAAAGAACAUCAUCCCAACUGAUGAUGAGAAUAAACAAUUUGGUGUGCGUGGUCUAAGCUUUGAAAUUGAAGUUGAGUGCACUGACAACCAGCCCAGCCAGCCCAACCAGCCCGAUAGCUUUCACGUUUUUGGCACUCAAUUACCAAAGACACAAAGUAUGCCUGAAAGUACUGGAGGUGAUUCCCAACCUACCAAUGCUGAGAUAAUGAAGGAGUUACAAGCUUUGAAGCUUUUUGUAGAGAACAAGUUUGAGGAGGUGCUUGCAGCUAUUGGUAAGCAGUCAAUGAAGUCAAUGAAACCAGAGGGAAAUUCAGCGCAUAAGCAACAGUAUAAUGAUCCUGACUUUCGUGAAAUGCAUAAUGAUUAUGACCAGUUUGAAAGUGGCCACGUUGGGAAUAAUCCUGUAGUUAUUGGAGAUAGCACGCCCAAAGCACCUUCUAUAUCUGGUUUUGCUGGGGUUGGUCAAGAUGGAUGUGCCACUGGUGUCAAUGUGAAGAACAUCACAGCAAGUGAUGGCGUAGUUAAUGAGGAUUUGCCUUCUGCCCCCUUCGUAAAUGAGCAUGAUUUUGGCUUUGAUUCUAAUUUUGAUCUGUCUGCAUCUGCAAUUGAUCAAAUCACCGCCAUUACACAACAAGCAACAUAUAAGCAGUCAUCUCAUGAUGUUAAAAAGUCGGGUCCUGCUCCACUGCCAUCAGAAAUCCUUGUACAGACACGAGCAGAUGUUGUUAUUGAGUCUAAUACUGCUCCACAGGCAUGUCGGGUUGAUGGUGUUGGUCAAGUGGAUGUUGGUGGCAGUAAUGUGAAUUUGCCUUCUGCUCCAUGUCAACACGGGGGUGAUCUUCACUUGGAUUCUGAUUUUGAAUAUACUGAUUCUCAACUUGAUCAAAUUGCUGCCAUUACACAAGGAGGGAGAUGUAAUGUAAAUCAAUCAGGAAAUGAACUGACAACUGGUGCUGUAAAUAAGUCUAAACCUGAUCAGUCGGUAUCAAGAAGUAUUGUCCAGAUACAAACAGACGUUGAAACUACUCCUGCAGUUUUGACACGAAAAAGGCGCCCCGCAGUUGUAAAACAGUCGCCGUAUAGGAAUGACUGGCAAUCUGGUGUUAGUGCAGUUGGGGGAUCCUCGAAGGUUAUCAAAGGAAGAUUUCCAUUUGUAAAUGACAUUUCAGAGACUGUUAAUUUUAAGCUUACGACUGCCUUCUCAAACUUUGUUGAAGCAAACAUGCAAUUGGGAGAGGAAGUGUAUUUACCUGCUGAUCAAAAGCUAGAGCCUUGUUUUGACUUUGGAGUUGAACAGAUUGAUGAUAAGAUGUUUUUCCAUACCUUAAACUAUUCUGGCAGGCCGCUUUCUAGUUCGCACUUGAAUAUUAUAUUCUACUAUCUUAGGAAGAAGGCGAAAUAUGGAAUUAAUAUGCCAAUCAAAGUCACAACUACAGAUACUCUUUUUAAUAAUAUCAUUCAAAGUUUUUUCAAAGAAUUUGUAAAAGGUGGGAAACAAGAUCAUUUGAUUGAUAGAUCAGACGAUAUCAUGCAGUACAUGAAAGGAUUUAGGAUGCAUUGCAACACUACAUGGCACCAG